GGGGGGGAAGCAAAACCAGCCAGUGCGCAUGCGCGGAGCAUUCGCUCGCUGGCGUUGGGCUAACAGCUAAGCUACGGGUCCAGCCAACAUGGAGAGAAAAGUUUUGGCACUGCAGGCGCGGAAGAAGAGGGCCAAAGCCAAGAAAUCCAGCAAAAAGCAGCCAGUCAAUCCAAGAACACGGCAGCAACCCCAGCCAGAAUUGUCUCCCCAGGAACCAGAGGAGCCAGAGGAGAUUCUUGGGUCUGAUGAUGAGGAGCAGGAGGAUCCUAAUGACUACUGCAAAGGUGGCUACCACCAUGUGAAAGUUGGUGACCUUUAUAAUGGGAAAUACCAUGUAAUCCGGAAAUUGGGCUGGGGCCACUUCUCCACUGUGUGGCUUGCCUGGGAUAUCCAGGUAAAGAGAUUUGUUGCAAUGAAAGUGGUGAAGAGUGCAGAGCACUAUACCGAGACAGCUGUGGAUGAGAUUAAACUCCUCAAAUCUGUAAGAAACUCAGACCCAAAUGAUCCCAAUAGGGAGAUGGUAGUCCAGCUUUUGGAUGACUUCAAGAUCUCUGGUGUCAAUGGAACACAUGUUUGUAUGGUGUUUGAAGUGUUGGGACAUCAUUUGUUAAAAUGGAUAAUAAAGUCUAACUACCAAGGCCUGCCUUUGCUGUGUGUAAAGAGCAUCAUACGGCAGGUUCUCCAGGGUCUGGAUUACUUGCACUCAAAGUGUCAGAUCAUCCAUACAGACAUCAAACCUGAGAAUAUUCUGAUGAGUGUCGAUGAGCUUUAUGUCCGGAAAAUUGCAGCUGAGGCCACAGAGUGGCAGCGAGCUGGGGCUCCUCCUCCCUCUGGCUCAGCAAUAAGCACAGCACCUGCACCAAAACAGACAGUAAAAAUGUCCAAGAACAAGAAGAAAAAGUUAAAAAAGAAGCAGAAGCGUCAGGCGGAGCUGCUGGAAAAGUGCAUCAUGGACCUGGAGGAGAUGGAAAAGACCACUGAGCCACGAGAUGAAGAAGAUGAGGAAGAGGACCCACAGUCACCUAAAGGACGAGCUUGUGCUCCUCUCAGACAGGUGUCUUAUCUGGACCUAGAAAAUGAGGAAGUCGAAGAAGUGGGAAAGAAUCCAGAUCUCAUGAGUGUGGGACCUGAAGAGGCAUCAGAGUUGAACUGUAAUGGCCUCUCCUAUGUGGAGGUGGUGCCGCGGCAGAGCGAGUGUAAGAAUGAAGACCAUCACAAUGGAAACACAGAACUCGCAGAGAAAUCUGCUACUAAGGAGGAGCAGCAUGGCAAGGGCAUUGUUCAUGCCAUCUGUAAUGGUAUGGACUUUCCUGACCUCAAGGAGCUGGACCAUGAGAUUGAAGGCAAAGGUGCUCACAGCAGUGGGCUGACUGAGGGACGUCUCUUGUGUGGGCUGGAGGAGGGAGAACUCGAACAAAGCAUUUAUCAGGAGGUGGGGGAGGACGGGCCUGACUGUCAAUAUGGAGCCCAUGAGAGUUUGAGAAAUGGCAAGUUGACAGCAGGAUCCAUGUUAAUUAACCCCCUCGAACCGCACAAUGCAGACAAGAUCAAGGUCAAGAUUGCAGACUUAGGAAAUGCCUGCUGGGUGCAUAAGCACUUUACCGAAGACAUCCAGACAAGGCAGUAUCGGUCUCUAGAGGUACUGAUUGGUUCUGGAUACAGCACUCCGGCAGAUAUAUGGAGCACAGCCUGCAUGGCUUUUGAGCUCGCCACAGGGGACUAUUUAUUUGAACCACAUUCUGGCGAGGAUUAUUCCAGGGAUGAAGACCAUAUAGCGUUGAUCAUUGAGCUGCUGGGGAGUGUCCCACGCAAACUCAUAUUGACCGGAAAAUAUUCCAAGGAGUUUUUCACCAAGAAAGGUGAUUUAAAACACAUCACCAAGCUGAAGCCGUGGGGACUGCUGGAGGUGCUCAUUGACAAGUACGAGUGGCCCCGCGAAGAAGCAGAGUGCUUCACAGACUUCCUGCUUCCCAUGCUGGAGUUGGUCCCAGAGAAGAGAGCCACAGCCGCAGAGUGCUUACGCCACCCCUGGCUCACCCUCUAGUGGGCACCUCCAGUCACUGCAACUCCCUUCCCUCGUUCUCUCCAGAGACUGCAACAGAUCACUUUUCAAUGUGGGCAUAUCACAUGAAUAUUUAUUUCCAUUUAGUUUUGUUGUUUUGGGUUAGUUUUGUUAUUGAGCGAAUGCUUCUUUUUAUGUUUGCUUUUCUUUUUGUUAGUUAUUCUUUCUCUGAUGAGACCAGGAUCCUGUGGCUCAUGUUGUGGUCUUUUUAGCUGCUGUGGUGUGUUCACCCUCCUGUUUAAGCAAAUCUGUUAUUGUACUGCAAAAGUCAUCAUCCUUGUUUGUUACUCCUGCACUAAAACAUAAAAAAAUCAAGGAUAUGUAGCCUCCAGUGCUCCCAUUUUGUUCUGUUCCCAUAAAGAUAUUUCAUUUUUCCUUGUACAGUUUUUUUUAUUAUUAUUAUUCUGAUGAAAUUUUGUAUUUGUAAAGUAGGCUUAAGAGGUAACACACUGGGCUGACUUACACUGAGUGCGGUAAUGCUUACGGCAUUCUUCCAGAUGGGUGCUUGUUCUAUAGGUCAUUAUUUAGUCAUGGUAAUCUUCAGUCACCUGGUACUUCUGUGUGGUUAGGCAUUUGUAAUAAAUGAGGUCUUUCAUUCUCAUGGGAGGCUGGCAUUCUCAUACAUCUAUUCAGGAAUAUAGGGUUUAAACAUUUUCAACAAAAUGACAUGUUAAGCCCAAUUUAAAGAAAAAGUAAAUAAACUGUAUAUAUAUGUACCAAAGAGUUGUACAGUUUUUAAGAAAUCUAUAUCUUAGCUAAAAGAACAGCUGGGUAGUUGUGUUUUAUUAAAACACAUGGUAGAUGUGUUAAAUUGUAUGUUUGGCAACAUGCUCAGUGAUGUUGCAGUUUUUACGUAAAACUUUGUGUGGUGUCUCAAGAUGUAUUACGUCAGAUUAACUGUUGAGGCCUACAUAGUCUACACUCUCACCAGUGUCAAACCUGAGCGUAGACUUUGUGAUUUAAAAACAAAACAAAACAAAAAACUGUAACACGCCAUACAAUAAAACAUGU